AUGAGGAGUCUCUAUACCUUGCUCAAACUCCUAACAGUGUGUAACAGUGUUUUUAACUGUGUUUCACCUGCAGACUCCUGUCGGCACACACUGGACCCCAACACAGCAAACAAACACCUGUAUAUAUCUGAGGACAACAGGGAAGUGACAUAUAUGGAAGAUGAACAGUCAUAUCCUGAUCAUCCUGACAGAUUUGGCAAGAGCCUCCAAGUUCUGUGUGCAGAGAGUCUGUCUGGUCGCUGUUACUGGGAGGUUGAGUGGAAUGGAGACAUUGUUGAUGUAGGAGUGACUUAUAAAGGAAUCAGUAGGAAAGGAAGGAGUGGUGACUGUGAGCUUGGACUCAAUGACAAGUCCUGGAAUAUGACCUGCUCUGAUGAGAAAUGCUAUGCCAUUCACAAUAUUAAACGCAGUCCCAUACCUGUACCCACCUCCCACAGAAUAGGAGUGUAUGUGGACUGGGUGGAUGGCGCUCUAUUCUUCUACAGCGUCUCCUCUGGUGAACUGACCCUCCUGUACAAGUUCACCUCCACAUUCACUGAGCCCCUCUAUCCUGCAUUUGGAGUUUGGUGGGACUCAUCACUGUCCCUGUGUGAGCUGGGGUAGGAAAGCACACAUAUAUGUCCUCAAAUCAAGACAUAAACUUUCAUAUUUAUGUCAUUGUUUUUCUCCACUAUGUGCAUAAAAUUAAGGUGUUUUAAUGAACUGUAAACACUCUCGUUGGUUUUUCUGUGGUUUCAUUUUUACUCCAGUGCAGACGACCCACGUUCUGUUCAAAGUCUGUGCGAGAUUCCGCGAGCAGGUGUGCCAGCACGGCUCCUUAAUAGCCGUCCUCUCUGAUCGGUGGCAGGUACAGACGUCAUGCACAAGGCCAUGGGUGUGACACCAUCUUCCAGGCACCGCGUGGACUCAAUUUUAUGAGGCAGCCUGCAUUUUAUAGAUUGCUGGUGAUCUGAUUUUUUUCUAUAUAUAAAUUAUCUUAGGAACAAGUGGUUCAGACAAUGUGUGUGGGUGUGUGUGUAAAUUAUCUUACAUAAUACAAGAUUUGACUUUCUUUAAAAUAGUUUUCUAUCUUUUCCCAGGCAUUGUUUUUUUUCUUCUAACAGCUGUGUUGAUUUUUCCCUCUUAUCACUACACACAGACGCACGCAUGCACGCACACAUAC